UAACACCAAAUCUAUGUUCCUUUGCAAGUUCCCACUUGCUCAGCUUCAUGCUCUGUGCUGGUGAAACUAACGAUGAUGAAGAAGAAGAAGAUGAGGCUGCAAAUGAUUCAGAUGAGGAUGGAGGUGAGGAGGAAGAUGGAUCUGGUGAAGACGAUGAACAACAAGAAGGAGGAAUGAAAGGAGAGAGAAAAAGAAAAGAUUGGGUGGUGUGCGUUUUGAGUUAAUAGUAAGUAACGGAAAGUGAGUGUAUGUAAUGGUCAAGAAUGUAUCAUUGUCCGUUAAUGAAAAAUGUGGGAACACACCAUGAAAAAGUGCCAUUGAAUUUCUAUGAACUAAAGUAACUUCCCUGUG